AAUUUAUUUGUUUUAUGAUAAUUAUUAUAUUGUAGUUUUAAAUGAAAAUGAAAUUUGUUGUGGAAGCUGUACAAUGCAAUAAAAAAUUAAAUCUGCGAUAAAAAAUUGAAGGUUCUAUUUUAAACUUGAAUUAGUGCUGCUCUGGUAUAUAAGAACUAAAAGAUAAUUUCUUUUAUAAUCUAUUAGCAUAUUUAAUAAUUAAAAAAUGAUAUCUAAGUUAGAUAAUGGAAUUAAGAAUUAUUCUUGAAAAUCUAUAUAGAGGCGAGAGUUUAAGUGAAUUCACUUUUUAGUAAGAGUUAAAUGUGACGGUCAAAAAUAAUAGUUGCCAUUAAUUUAAGUGUAAAAUAAUUUUAAUUUUAGCCAACUUUAACUAAUCUUCAAAUAUAAUAAAAAAUAUGUCACUUGAUAUAAUUAAUUUAACAAAAAUUACAGAAUCCACUCUAGAAAUUAAUAGUGAAACUAUUUUUAACGAUGAAAAUGUUGAAAAUAUGGAAGAAAAAUUUACUUUUAGUGCAUUAGAUUAUACUUUGUUUAUAAUUAUGUUAAGUAUAUCCUCAGGAAUUGGCGUUUAUUUUGGAUUCUUUAAUAAAAAACCAGAAACAACUGAUGAAUAUUUAUUGGGUGGUAGACGUAUGAAAACAAUACCAAUUGCAAUAUCAUUAGUUGCGAGUCAAUUAUCUGGAAUUUCCGUUAUGGCGUAUCCAUCUGAAAUUUAUUCAUUUGGUAUUGUUUAUUCUUUAAUUGCAAUAGGAAUGUUUGUCGUAUUGCCAAUUAUGAAUUUUAUUAUCAUACCAGUGUUUUAUCACAACAAUAUUGCAAAUUGUUAUGAAUAUUUAGAAAUGAGAUUUGACAAAAAAACUAGGCAGUUAAUUACAGUAUCAUUUGUAGGAACAAUUUACUUAGUUAUUCCAGUUAUAAUAUUUGUUCCAGCAUUAGCUUUUGCUCAAGUAACCGGUCUUAACAUACAUCUAAUAAAUGGUAUUGUUUGUGCUGUAUGUGUGUUUUACACAAUGUUGGGUGGUAUUAAAGCUGUAGUUUGGACUGAUGUAGUUCAAGCUGCUAUAAUGUUAUUAUCAAUAUUCUUGAUUGUUACAAUGGGUGUAUAUAAAGUUGGCGGUCUACAAAACAUUUUUUAUAGAGCUCAAGAAGGUGGAAGAUUAAAUUUAUUUGAUAUGACAUUUGAUUUGACGACGCGAUCAACAUUUUGGAAUUGUUUUCUUGGUGGAAUUAGCAUGUGGACAACUUACAUUGCUUUGAAUCAAAGUUGUGUUCAAAGGAUUGUAGCGCUACCAUCAUUGUCACACGCAAGAAGAUCUUUAACAUUUUUUGCAAUUGGUUUUUGUAUUAUAAUGUCAUUAAAUACUCUUACUGGAAUCGUUAUGUUCGCUAAAUAUUUUGAAUGUGACCCGGUUAAAACUGGUGUUGUAGAAAAAGCUGACAAAUUAGUUCCAUAUUUUGUACAAGAUAUUGUAGGAGAUUUUAAAGGAAUGCCAGGAAUUUUUAUUUCAUGUGUUUUUAGUGCUGCUUUAAGUACAAUGUCAGCCAAUUUGAAUUCCCUAUCUGGAGUUUUAUAUUUUGAUUAUAUUCGACCUUACAUCAAUCAUACGGAAAAGAAAGCUAAUUUUAUAAUGAAAACUCUUGUUAUUUUAACAGGAAUAUAUUGUAUACUUGGUGGAUUUUUAGUUGAAAAGUUUAAAUCUAUUCUACAAAUGGUUAUUACAAUUGUAGGAAUAACACAAGGUGCAGUGCUCGGGACUUUUAUGUUUGGAAUGCUAUACCCAAGAGCCCAUUCAAAGGCUGCUUUUUGGUCCAGCGUUGGAAGUGUAUUAUUAAUGUCCUACAUUGUAAUUGGUGCUCAAAUAGAAAUUGCAAAUGGGAAUUUAAAAUAUAUACCGUUACCAACUUCAACUGAUGGCUGUGAAAAAGACAGUUUUACAUUAUCAGAAAAUUUAACGACAAGUUCAACUAUUCCAAUCUCGAAAGACGAUCAACUUUUUUCAAUUCACAAAAUAUCAUUCAAUUGGUAUGUUGUUAUCGGAGCUGUAUCUGUUUGGAUCUUUGGUGUUCCUUUAAGUUAUAUUUUAAAGAAUACAGACAAAAAAUUAAAAAGAAAUUUAGUUUCACCUGUUAUAGAAAAUUUUAUUCCAAAAGAUCUAUUAGAACCAGAAGAAAUUCCAUUAAAAGCGGAUUAUAUUAAGAACAAUAUGAUGAAUAUAGAGAAGUGAUUAUGUACAAUGAAACAUUGUUUCUUCUCUAUACUCUCCAAAUUUACUAACAUUGUCUAAUUGAACUAUUUACUUUUAAUUUUAAAUUAUUUUGAUCUAUGUACAUAAUUCUUUUUAAAUAAUUAUUUUACAUAACACUAAAAGGAAUACAUACAUA